AUGGAACGCAUAUUGAACGACCCAACUAUGCAGAAGCUCCGUGAGGAGUAUAUGCGGGACAACCCGGGUGUUCUCGAUGAUUGGGAUGCCCGCCGAAGGUUCGACUACACAGGCCGCCUACCAGAAACGCAACAAGCGCCCCUGGGUACUCCACACCGCCGUCGCAGGCCACGGUGCAUUGGACAUGGCACAGACGGCACAGGUUCCUUUUGGAGCUUGAGCAGCAAUAUCGGCACCAACAACAACAAAAUUUCCCAGAGCAUGACAGCGAUGCAGCUAUUUCUGUUCGAUUUCAAAAUUUACAUUUAUCCAAUCCGCAACCGUGGUAUCAAGCUGUACAGUAGAGCACGGACACUCUAUCAAUAUACAAUCUAUCAACAGCAUCCCAUUCCAUUAAACAUGAUCUCUACCACUUUCUACUACUACUACGAAGUCAGCAAAAACACCUAUCUGCGCGAAACCAGUGCUACCACCUCGACCUCUGGUGACGAUGCACAAAAUAUCGCUAUUGAUAUUGACCGCACCAAUGGCAAUGGCCAAAACACCAUGGCUGUUGACGACAUCUCACGCAGCGAUAAUAGCGACGACUACGAUUUAACGUUCGAACCUAUUGCACCGGCUGACCACGUGUGGACGUUGAUCAAGUAUACUCCUCAUCAGGUGGCAAAGAUGAUCGGUUUGGUGGAGUAUAAGAAGCUGUCCGUGCGAAAAGCAGCCGAAUUGACCAACAUCAGUAAUUCGCGCGCCCAUCAGUUGUACAAGCAACACAAAGAAGACAGCAGUGUGACUCCAGGUUAUAAGGCCAAGAACCAGAUAAAGAGACCGCGCAAGAUCGACCUCACCGACGAACAAAGGCAAAUCGUGGAUUUCUACGUCAAAAGCGUAGCUGACCAAAAUGCGAACGUCGUAAAAGUCAAGGAUGCGCAGGAUGAUCUGUGCCAGCAACUAGAAGGUUUAAAAAUUAGUCAAAAAACUGUCAAGGAGCGAAUCCAGCAAACAGUUGCAUUCACGCUUGUACUACCACCAGUCCCUCCCUACACCGCCACCGGCGAUAUUCUGGAAAGUCGUAGCAAGUUUGCCGGUGAGCUGAUGUCCCGUAGUCUAGACUACAUCGAAGGCUGCAUGUUCAUCAGCGAAGGAGCGGUUGUCAUGUCGGAGACCUUGGUCGUUGAAGCACGCACAACAAGGGCUGAGGCCAAAUCCUACGAUUUGAACAUCUUCUUGUGCCUCACUGCAGGGGGUGUUCUGGCCGUUUCCCAAGAGGCAAUGGUGGCUGAAGCUCAAAGGAAGCAGCGACAGAUGGAGAAGGUCGGCAAGGCAAAAGGCACUGCUCCGGACCACUUAAUCCAGUUUGCCAGUGAGGUUUUCAAAACCAUCAGUCAAGGCGAGUUUCGAUGCGGUGUUGUCAUGGCAAACAGACACUUGUUCCGGGAAAGGCCGUUUGUGAACGCGGUACGGAAUGCAGGCCAUUUCCCACUUUACAUGCCCAACAAUUCUACGUUCCUUGACCCGUGCCGUCCAUGUUGGGAGGCCAUCCAAUCGCGCAUACGACGAACGCCUUUGACGGAUGAAGAUAGCUUGGCAAGCCGUAUUAAGGAAGCCGCGGAGACGAUCACAGCUGCAGAAUGUAUUCGUUGGGUGAGCGUAGCCAAGUCGUAUAUCGAUCGCUGCUUAGCAAAAGAGCAAAUCCAGUAG